AUGGAAGUUUACUUGGAAAUAUAUUCGUUAGCCGAAUUGUGUUUUGCGCCGAUCGAAACGAUAGUAACGCUGUUUACUGUGAAAUAUUGCAACUCCGACAUUAAUAUUAAACUGGUGAGAAGCAAACGAAAGUCUCUGGAACGAGCGUACACGAUAGACAUUUCCACCUUUGUGUACGAAGUUAUGGAUGCGAAUAAAGUCUCCGUUUUCGUGAGAUCAUGCGAGUUGCCAAUUAUUAUCAUACAUAAGACUAGUUGUAUCGCGGGACUUUGCGCGACUCUGCGUCAAAUAAUUAAGGAGGUAGUGGCGAAACAUCCGGACCAUUAUUGUCGGAAAUUGUUAGGAUUCAAAGACUCGUGUCUGACGGCGUGCUCCGAGGCAAGCGUAUGGACGAAAUUCUGCGAGGUGGAUUUGAUUCUGGCCGUGAAAUUUUUACACGCGGACGACACGAUAGAAAACGAACUGCCUUCCAGCAUGGCGAGACUGGAGCGUCACAUGUCGCAACCGGUCAGAUUGCACAAUCUGUACAAAUACACGAUGUCGAAGAAGUUUUCCAACGAAAACCGUUUGCCGGAGCAUACGUACACGGAGGGCUCGCACGUGACGCUUGCGGACAUUAUUAUAUUUGUGUGUAUACAUAUUUUGUUGACUGUAUUUUCAAGCGAGAAAACGUUGCAGUUACUUCCAUUGACCGCUAAAUGGUACAAGAAAAUGAUCCAGGAUCAGAUCAUAGUCGACUGUCUCGAAUGUUUACCAUUGUUAAAGAACCAGGACUCGAACGAUUUCGUUUAUACUCUUCCUCACGUAGUGAAUCAAAGCUUGUACAAAAGUGACCCGAACAGAUAUAGACCGAAAAGCCGCGUGUUUACGAAACAGGACGACGUGGAGCAAUCGUUGGAGUUGUUCAAAACAUUGAACGUGAAAACGACGCUCGAUUUAGAACCAUUCGCUGCGGAAUUGAAUCUAGACUGGUCCAUGGUACCGUACGACGCCACCCCGGAAGGUGGUGCAUUGCCAGAAGCGCGUUUAAAGAAGAAACAGGAGCAAAUACAAAACAUGUGCAAACCCGUUAUGAAAUUGGCGAAAGCGGGAGACGUGAUAGUCGAUUUCUGUUCCGGUAGCGGUCACUUGGGUAUCUUGGUCGCUCAUCUUUUGCCAUCCUGUACCGUCGUGUUAUUGGAGAACAAAGAGGAGUCGUUGAACAGGGCCAAGGAAAGGGUGAGAAAGUUGAAACUGACGAAUGUAAAAUUUUAUCAGUGCAAUUUGGACUAUUUCAAAGGAGAUUUUGACAUUGGUAUGUCACUGCACGCGUGUGGCGUUGCAACAGAUUUGGUUCUGCAACAAUGCGUGAAAAGAAGAGCAAUUUUCAUCUGUUGCCCGUGCUGUUACGGAUCGUUGCACGAUUGCCAUCACUUGACGUACCCGAGGAGCAACGUUUUGAAGGGACAAAUGGAUCAGGAGAAAUAUAUGGUUCUGAGUCACGCUGCCGAUCAAACGCACGACGAUCGAAAUGUUAAAACGAAGCAGGGGUACAAAUGCAUGGCGAUCAUCGAUACCGACAGAAAGCUACAGGCCGAACAAUUCGGCUACAAAGUGUACAUUUCGAAGUUUAUACCGAACACGUGCACGCCUAAACAUCACAUACUAGUAGGAAUUCCUAGAAAAGAAAUUACGAGUACAGAACGUGAGAGUUAAUUGCGUUGCGUUUAUUUUUAAUUUAUAUUGAUUUUUGUAUACGGAGAGAGUGGAAGCUAUUCUUGUUAACGAAUAAACGGAUUUGCGAAUAAAGAAAGUGUCGUUUACUUACCUAGAGAGAGGAGGCAUUCUUGUAAAUUUUGUUGGUUACGAAGCAGCCAUUUUUGUUACCUUAAACUAUUGACAAAAGCGUGUUAUAUCAUUGCGCUAGUUUUAUUAAUAAUUUGUACGAAGAGAUUUUAUUCGUAUGUACAAAAAAAGGAGAAAAGAAUUACCAAGUAUACAAAUUAUUAGUGUUACGUCGGUGUCUUACACAGUUCUCGUCUAUUAUUAAGUAGCUAAGGG